AUGUUUGGAAGAGGGAAAUCGUGCAAAAUUAUUUUAAAAAACAACCACCUCAGGAAUUUACUUUUAUCAAGAAAGCUGAGUAGUGUGAAAGGUCAGAUUCCAAGAAGAUCGUUUCUUUACAUCCCAGGAAACGAGGAACGAAAAGUAUCAAAAGCGACUGGUUUGAACUCUGAUUGUGUGGUGUUGGACUGUGAGGAUGGAGUAGCGUCCAACAAGAAGGAAGAAGCAAGGAAUACUAUCCACAACAUACUUGGUCAACUGAAAUUUGGUUCCAGCGAAGUGUGUGUUCGUAUUAAUUCCAUUGAGACUGGUUUAGCAGAAGAUGAUUUGAAAGCAGCUUUGACAGCAAAGGAACUGCCUGACUCUAUUGUGGUACCCAAAGUAGAGACUGUAGAGCAUUUAGAUUGGUUAAGUGAUAAAGUGUCCUCCAUAAUGAAGCCAAGCGCAGACAAAAAGCUGGGGCUUAUCACCCAAGUUGAAAGUGCUCUUAGUCUCCUUAAUCUCCGUGCUGUCUGUGAACAUGGCACAUCAACUGACAGACCAUUCAGAUUUGAGGCUUUAGUAUUUGGAUCAGAUGACUUUCUUGUCAGUAUAGGAGCUACUCGCACAAAAGAUGCAAAGGAAUUGAUUCAUGCUCGUCAGAGUGUAGUUGUUCAUGCAAAGGCUUUUGGUCUACAAGCCAUUGAUAUGGUUUAUAUUAAUUUCAAAGACCCUGAGGGUUUACAGGCACAAGCAGAGGAAGGUGCUAGGUUUGGUUACACUGGUGAGUCUGUUUUUUGUCCUCAUUUUUCUCUUUUGUUUCUGUCAGGACAAUUGGUCUCUACUUUGAAUUUGUCAUGAUAAAUAUAACUGCUCAAGUUUGAUGAAUCUAACUGUUUUGAUUAUUUAACCCUUUAACCCCUAAGAGUGAUAGGCAUCUAAUUUCUUCCAACAGUGUCACCCCUAAACCAAACAUUAGACUUAUGAGAAUAAAGGAAAUGGUCACAAACUUAAAAAACUCUUGAUUGUUAGACAAAUUCUCAUUGUAAGCACCAAAGGAAAUGGGGAGAGAUCAGUAUGGAGAACUUGCAUACUGAUGUAAGGGUG